AUGUUUAACAAUAGAACAAUUGCAAAAACUCACAACCCAACAUGCGAAAAACUCAAGUUAAAAAAACACCACAAAUUCAAGUUCAGGAAACACCACAAACCCAAGUUCAACAAUUGCCACAAAUUCAAGUUCAAAAAACGCCACAAACUCAAGUUCAAAGAAAGCCGUGACCUCAAUUUCAACAAUUGCCAAAAACUCAAGUUCAAUAAACGCCAAAAGCUCAAGUUCAACAAUUGCCACAAACUGGAGCUUAAAAAACACCACAAACCCAAGUUCAACCAUGCCACAAACUCGAGUUCAACAAACACCAUAAACUCAAGUUCAACAAUCGUCACAAUUUCAAGUUCAACAAACACAAUAAACUCAAGUCCAACAAACACCACGAUACUUGAUUGCACAAAACACCUAAAACUCAAGUUUAACAAAUGCCACAACUUCAAGUUCAUCAAACACCACAAACUGAAGUAA